ACAUAAUAAAUAUACGUAGUACACACAUAUAAACAAAAACUUUCAUGCGAUUAAUCGCGAUUAAUCGUUGCCCACCAAUAAUAAUUAUAUGCAUGGAUAUCAGCAACCCUUUGGCUUGUUGCAUCAUUUCAUGGUGGUCCAGGAGUGCGCAUGUCCUGGAUCAUCGUCUUUAAAAGACCCCUCGUCAUUGGUAGAUGCAGCACAUGUCUAUAAUUUGCCGGCCGGUUUUUACAAGCGCUCUCCAGCCCACUCCAUUCCAAGCGCGCGCACGCUGCUGAUGAGAAAAACCUGUAACAUUUUUUAAGCGUGUGGAAAAACUGAGCGUGUAGGGAAAAACAUGGAGGAGAAGAAGAGCGAAAUCAAUGGACACGCCGGGCACAAAAGCCCGUUACCAGCGGUCUCAAUUAAAUCAGAAAAGAACAGCUUUAAAGACCGGUUCAUGGUUUUCCUCAGAAGAAAUCUCCUAGUGAUCUUGACAGUGUCCGGGGUUCUGGUAGGCGUCGGGCUCGGCAUGAUGGUCCGGAACAUGAACCUAACCCGAGCGCAGAUGACUUACUUCGCCUUCCCCGGAGAGAUGCUGCUGAGGAUGCUCAAGAUGAUCAUCCUUCCUUUAGUGGUUUGCAGUUUGAUUUCUGGUGCUGCGAGUCUGGACACUCGCUCGCUUGGAAAGCUCGGAGGGAUCGCCGUGUCUUACUUUCUGGUGACCACUCUGAUCGCGUCAGCUAUCGGGGUUGCGCUCGCCUUCAUCAUCAAACCCGGCGUGGGAGCCGGCGCGCUGAACACCGACAACUUGGGGCUGGAAGGCGUGAGCUCUAACAAAGAGACGGCGGAUUCGUUUUUAGACCUUGCAAGAAACCUGUUUCCAUCCAACCUGGUGGCUGCAGCUUUCCGCUCAUAUGUCACUGAUUACAAGACAAUUCUUGUUGGAAAUGGAACAAACGGAACCCUCAACUACCAGAAGGUUCCCUAUGGAACAGAUUCAGAUGGCAUGAAUAUUCUGGGCCUUGUUCUCUUUGCUAUGGUUUUUGGAGUUGCUUUGAGAAAGCUUGGGGAAGAAGGAGAGGAGCUCAUUCGCUUUUUCAAUGCCUUCAAUGAAGCCACCAUGGUACUGGUGUCCUGGAUCAUGUGGUAUGUGCCUUUUGGCAUCAUGUUCUUGGUUGGCAGUAAGAUUGUAGAGAUGGAAGAUGUGGUUCUGCUGGUCACUAGUUUGGGGAAGUACAUUUUUGCCUCUAUCCUAGGCCACAUCAUCCAUGGUGGCAUCGUCUUACCUCUUAUCUACUUUGGGUUCACUCGUACAAACCCCUUCAGUUUCCUGUCUGGCCUCAUCACACCUUUCACCACCGCAUUUGCUACCUGCUCCAGCUCAGCGACGCUGCCCACCAUGAUGAAAUGUGUAGAGGAGAACAAUGGUGUCGACAAACGAAUCAGUCGGUUUAUUUUACCGAUUGGAGCCACUGUCAACAUGGACGGAGCGGCCAUUUUCCAGUGUGUUGCGGCUGUGUUUAUUGCCCAGCUCAACAACGUUGAACUCAACGCGGGCCAGAUCUUCACAAUCCUGGUGACAGCCACCGCCUCCAGUGUGGGAGCAGCAGGUAUUCCAGCUGGAGGGAUCAUCACCAUCGCUAUCAUUCUGGAGGCCAUUGGUCUGCCCACUCAUGACCUGUCACUCAUGUUGGCUGUGGACUGGAUUGUAGACCGAACCACUACUGUUGUGAACGUGGAGGGAGAUGCACUCGGAGCUGGCAUUCUUCACCACAUCAAUGAGCAAGAGAUAAAGAAACAAAGACAACAGGAACAGCAUCAAGAGGAGCAGGAACUGGAGGAGGUGAAGGUAGAGGUGGUGGCAAAUGUCAGAGCGGAAGAGGAGACCUCCCCUCUCGUCACACGCCAGAACCAAGGAGACAGUUCCUCACGUGAGACACUCGACGACAAGGAUGGUGUGGAGUCUGUGCUAUGAAGUGUUAACUGUGGUCUUUCAUCUCUUUCUUCUUCUCUCUUUCUGUAUCUCAGUCUUUUAAAAACCACUAUAAACAUGAUGUCACCACCAGUGUUUACGUCAAACGUAAAGUUUAAGAUUCAAAUCUGUGAAUGAAACACUAAUGGUCAGUUUGCUGUUACAUUUAUUUGAAGUACUUGACAGGUUCAGUUGUGAUAAUCUUAUCCACUUGUUCCAAAAUGAUUUCUCAUUAGUGUUUUUUAUGUGCAAAGUCUAAAAGGGAAAAUUUUCUGGUGUCUGGUGAAGAGAUGGAUAAUGAAAAUCAUUUACAGACUGACCUCUUGCUGUUUGUUUGCUAUUUUUUAACUGUGUGAAACAUUAACUAUUUUGAAGAUAGACCAGAAAGUAUUUGCUGUAAAUAUUUGUGUUCCUAAUGGCAAAACCUGUUGCAAAUUGGUAUAGUCCAGUGAUUUAAUGGGGACUACGUCAAAACUGUGCAUGUGUGCUUGUGAAGUACUCCUGUGGAUUCUAACAGAUUCAGAGCUUGUGGUGUAUGGUUUAGUAGUUUCAAAUCUGGUGAACUUUCAAAUUUUAACUGAAAGUCAGGCUCAGAGAAUGAGACAGAUCUCAGGGUCACAGGUGAUAUUCAACCUAAUGAUGAGAGACACAUAUUUCCUGACAGACUCCAUUCUCUACAUUAAAAAUACAUGCUGUUGACCCACGAACAUCACCCAUAGUAUGUAGUGACACCUAGUGGUCAGUGGAAUUAUAAACACUGACUUUGUCUUGACUUUUUUGUACAUUCUAUGUCCAACUUUUAAGUUUGGCUGUUAGUUAAGAAGUAAACUAUUUUAAAACGACAGUAUGAAUGAGUUUAAUUUAUUCUAAUUGUUUAGCCUUUUGUACCGCAUUGAAAAUUAUUUUUUGUAAUCUGUUGAUAUAAAAAAUCAGAUGCUAAAGGGUUUAUAUGAACUCUAAAAGCUGUUAAUUAGCACUUGAUUAGCGUUUUAUAUGCAUUUUCUCCUUGUAUUUUUUCACUCUCUUUUAAAUGUAUGUUAUCUUGUUAUCUACGUGUCUGUGUCUGUGCUUACCAUUAAAUCAAAAGCAUUUGUGUCUCUGA